AUGGCUUCCAUUUCUGCAAAUCUUUUUGUCGUCAUAGUUUCAACCAUUUUGUCUACAACACUCUCAGCAUCAGUAAUAGAAGACCUCAAAAACUUAAUCCCACCUCCAGAUUUCAACACCACCAUUAUGACAAACUGUCUCAAUAACCCGACUCUUAGAUACUGCAAUUCAUCUCCCAUGGAUCUUCAUGAAAUCUUCAAGUUCACCAUUGUGGGAAGCCAUUUAUGCAAUGAGUCGAAGAACCCCAACUGUGUCGAGUCGUUUCCGAAAAUAGACCUCAGAAACCGUCCUAUAAUUGCCCCACUUUACUUGUCUUUCAGCUUCUUUUGGAAGUACUGCCCUCUAAGUGUCCUCUCCAUUGAUCUUUCUAACAAUUCUCUCAAAGGUAGUUUCCCAACUGAUCUCCUCCAAUGUACUCAGAUUCGAGCCCUUGAUUUGAGCCACAAUGAACUCUCUGGGGAGUUCCCAAUAGAGAGCUUUUCUCCAUUAACCAACCUCACAGUUCUUAAUCUCUCAUAUAACCAUUUUCUGGAGAGUGAUCAAGUCUCCGAAACCUGGUUCUUUAAGCGGUUCACUUCUACGAGUUUUCUUCAUUCGGGUCUACUCCUAGAUCACAAAGAGUUCAGGGUUAAACUUGUGUCCUUGCUUGUGGGGUUUCCAAUCUUUGUAAUUCUGAUGGUGGGGUGCUUAGGUUGGAUUUGUCUCCACAGGCCUGAUUUCCUGCCAAGAAUGCUUCAAAGUAAGCACAAGUUUACUCCAUCAAUGCUCAAGGCAGCAACCAAUGGGUUCUCCAAGAAGAAUUUGGUGGGGAAGAGUGAGGCAGUGGAUAUCUACAGAGGAACUUUAAGAGAUGGCACCAAAGUCGGUGUUGAGAUCUACUUGGACAACAUUACGAAGGAAAACCGCAGAAAACUCGUCCAAGAAUGCAAGGUUUUGGUCCAAUUAUGCCACAAGAACACUGUUCGAGUACUGGGUUGGUGCGAUAAACGUCGGUUCGGGGCCAUUGUUACUGAAUGGGUGGAGGGGCAAAGCGUUGAGGCGUGGUUGUUGGGGGCCAAUCCUCCAUGGAAGCAUAGGUUGAGACUUAUGAUAGGAGUUGUGGAAGGCAUGUGUUAUCUGCAGGAGAGAUGGCCUGAUGUUGGGUAUGAUCUCAGAACAAGUAGUGUAUUGUUGUCUAACAAUCAAGAGCCACUGAUUUCAAGGUUUAAGAUCGAAGAUGAUCACAUCAACAACAGCACAAAAAAGAUUUACAAGCUUGGAGUCUUCCUGCUGGAAAUAAUAGCAAACAGGAGACCACAUGAAGAAUUUGAAGGUGGGGAAGCUGGUUUCAUUGAGUAUGUAAGAAUGCAUUAUCCCGCCAAUCUGCAGAAGGCUAUCGAUGAGAAGAUGAAAUUAACAGAGAGCGGUUUUGAGCAAGUGAAACAGGUAAUGAAACUAGGGAUAAUGUGCACAGAUCGAACAAGCAAUCGACAACCGAGUUUGAGGGAAGUCUUCAACAUUUUAAGUAGAGCCUACAAGUCUUUCUCUGUUUUCACUUCUCCAAAUCAUAAAAGGUCACAUGGAGAUAGAGGCAAAGGAAACAAGCAGAUUCAAUCAAACCUUUCAUUUUUCAGAAAACUAGACGUCCAAGAAUCUUAUUGUUGA